CUUUUGAUACGAUACUUUUUUUUUUAUUAAGUAAUGUGUACUGUUUACCACUUACAAUCAACACUUAAUUAAAAAUAUAUGACGAAUUCACUACAACGCAAUAAAUAAUUAACAGAUUCAACAGAUAAUUCCAAGUGUCUUCAACUUUGCGCGCUCUCAAAUAAUGGCUGGAUUCUUCGAGAAUAUUCCUCUUGAUACACUAACACUAACACAUCUACAAUCUCAAGUCUCAUGCUUACGACGACAUGCGCAGUAAACUUAGCUCAUGCGCAUUUAACCAUUUUGUCCCGACACCAGUACUCAAUCCAAAAGUUAUUCUGCCAUCCAGAAGUACAACGUAGUACAUACUGAACGCGUCUAGAGAUAUUUGUUUAUUAUUAUUAUUGUGAAAAAUAUUGAGUUGUGAUAAGCAUCUUGAAAAUUCUGGACAAUUAAAUUUAGAUCAAAAGGAACCUAAUUUAUUUUAUAAUGAAUGGGAAUCAAGGAAAAUCACGGACAGCUAUUUUUAAGAGGAAUAAGAAAAAAAUAGAAAAUCAUCGAAAAUUGUAUCCUAAAGAUAAAUUGCUGCAGCUUCUUCCCGAUGGAUUCUUGGAAGAAAUGAUAUGGAAACUCUAAAGCAAUCUAUACAAUUAGAUAAAAAAUUGAAAGUUAGAAAAAGUUUGUCUAUCGUUGAUGGACCUGAGAGCAAUGGCGCUAAAAAAAGGCGAAUCACAAUUUCAGAGAAACAGGAUGUCAAUUUAAAAAAGAAAAAGAUUAAUCAGGCUACGAAGGAUGUUUUCAGUCGAGAGGAUGGCGCUUUUGUGAAUUAUGUAAAGCCGAGAUCUAUUUCCAACAAAACAGUAGACAAGCGAAUCAUCGAACAUAGUGACAAUGAAGAUGGCGAUGGUGAAGACAAUCAUGAUGCAGAUGAACGUUCAAAUAGCACCCAAAAUGUAGAUGAAGGCUCUAGAAUACUUGAAAAUUUGGAAAAUUUGCGGGCAAGGCAAGAGGGACAAGCUGACCAGAGUAACGCAGGAACUAGUCGGCGAAUUGAUGAAAAUAAUUUGGAUGGCCAUGGUGAAUAUGAGUUAUUGGAAAUAACGCUGCCAGUUGUAGAUGCUGACUUGGAUACUAUUUAUGCAUCAUCACCAAUUAUUCCAGAAGAAGAAGAAGAAGAAGAUAAUUCUGCAAUAUCUUUAAACGAUGAUCAGAACGAAGAUCCAAAUGACGCUGAAAAUGGUUUAACUGAGAAUGGUUCAACAUCAAAUAAUCAACCUUUUGACCAGUUAUUUUCUAAUUUAUGGCCAGAAACAAAUAAUUCAAACGUUGACCAGGAGAAUCCAACAGUAACUGUGAGUAUCACGCAGUUAAAACAGUGUUUUAAGGAAUUUGGGAAACAUUUCAUGGGAAAUAUGCUACAAAUACAGAAAGAUACGAAGAAUAAUGAAGAAGAAUUUGAGAUACCUCCGGUUGUCAACAAUAAGAUCAAAAUUUUUGGAAUAGAUCUUGAUGCUGAACAGCUUUACAAAGCUAAAGAUGUAAAAACCAUGAGACAUUGUGUAAAUAAUGUUUUGAGAGCAUUUUGGCCACUUGAAACCCGAAAAAGAUUGGUUUUGUCAGAUAGAGCGGGAAAGCCUGCUAACAGAAUUACAAUUCAACAGGAUGAAAUUGAAAAGAUCAAAAAAAUCUGUAAGCUGCUCCAGAAAGGACGUAAUUUUGACAAAAAAAAUCCAGAUAAUUGUAUUGAAAAUAUAAGAUCCUGGAUUGAUGCAGUGUUAAAAAAUGAUAGAAGGCCACUACUGACAGAGGAACAAAAAAAAGUCAGGAAUGAAAAAGCAAAGCAGUGGCGAGAACAACAAAAGUUACCCCCAACAGAAGGAGGUACCAAUGUUAGCGGUCGAAAAAGACAACAGAAGUCUUCUAAGAGUAAUAAACAAGACCAAAAAACUGUUUGACCACGUAGUUAAAAAAAUUAGAUAUAUCUAUCCUUAAAAAUAAUUAUAAUCUCAUUUAAAAACUUUAAUAUUCUA